AUGAAGCUACACGUUGGAGCGGUCUCUGGCAAAACUGUCACAGUCGAGGCGGAGCCAUCGUGGUCACUGCAGGAUCUAUUGGCAAAAGUGGGGGCCACUUAUGGCGUCGCCCCGUCGAGAAAGAUUUUUUUUGGUUCAAGGCAGCUCAUGCCGACCCAAACGCUUGCCGAGGCGGAUGUGGAGGAUGGUGCGGAGCUGUUGCUGGUAGACUCAGCUCCCAAUAUGCUUGUGGCCGCCUAUACAUCAGGGAAAGUUGCACUCUGGAACGCCGAUGAGCCUGGGGAAGGCCCAAAGGUUCUCCGCGGCCAUCGCCAGGGAGUGAACUAUGCGGAGUUCUCCAAAGACGGCACCAGGGUCGUCACCGCUUCCGACGAUUGCACCACGCGGGUGUGGGAUGUCAACACCCUCUCCACAAUUUGGGUCCUGGACAGCCCCGAGCAGCCAAUCUCGCCCAAGAAAAAGAAGCAAUUGGAGAAGAAGGGCUUGACGGUGGAGCCCCUAAAAUAUGAAUUCACCCAUGCAGCUUUCUCGCCGGAUGGAGCGAAGGUGGUAGCAACAGCCGGAGGCACCGCCAUAGUCUGCGAUGCUGCAUCCGGCACUCAAAUCUUCACUCUGCUCACCUCAUUCCCGCAGGUCGUUUCGUUCUCUCCUGGCGACAGCUCUCAGACGCUCGUGACAGCCGGUCAAGGUAUCAAGGUGUGGGACGCAUCCACAGGAGAUCAACUGCGCCAACUGACAGAGAAGCGGUGUUUCAACAUCAGGUUCUGCGGGGAUGACAAGCUCCUGGCCUUUUGCGUCAACGAGCAGCCCGAGAUUUGGAGUCUGGGGACGGGAGAACGCCUUCAGGUCUUUGCCUUGGAUGAGGAGAAAUGGGCGAAAGCUGUGUCUGGCGUUCUGCCAGAGACGCCCCUCAGCGUCGCCGUUGUGGACAGCGGCGGCUCAAUUCAGGUCUGGGAUGGCACAUCCGGAAAACUGCUUCGUCGAUUGCAAAGAGAGCCAAUGGGUCCAAUGGGAACUGAUGUUAUCCACGAGCCAGCUUUCUCACCGGACGGCCGACAGCUGAUUGUUCCUUGCCAGAGGGGACCGGCCAAUCUGUGGGACCUCCAGACGGGGGAGGUAAUACGCUGUGUGUUGAUUGUUCUGAGCCGGACACCCACUCCAUCUCCGUUUCACCACAUGACCUUUGGACUGGCACGACCCCCGGUGGCGGUCACUGAAGGGCUGGAACCAGAGACGCUAGCGCGCUUGCUGCACCGCUUGUCAGUGGACGAAGCUGACUACAUCGCCGGACACACCAGCCGACUGGUCAAUGGCAUAAUUUAUUACAACGACGAAUUCACAUCCAGGCCGAGAAUUGAGAACUACAUGGAAGAUAUCCUGGAAGUUUGCAAGCUUUUUCAGAGAAGCGAUACACGCCCUGCCCCUCAUCCGCUGAUAUUGGGAAUUCAGAAAACAGUGCAUAUACAGCUGCUGAUCCGACUUUGGUUACUGUCAGCUGGCGAAGAAUUGGAAGCUGCAAGUAUAGAGCACGACGAUACAUGA